AUGACAAUUCACCCUUUAGCAGAUAUUCCUUCCUAUUUAGGAAUUCCAAAUAUCGACGUUUUUCAAAAUUUUUCCGAAGCUAUGAAGAAUAUUACAACAAUAUUCAAAUCCAAAAUUAUUGCAGAUGGAAUUGCGCUAGUUGGAAUGGUCAAAGAAGAAGAUCAAAUUAUAUUUUCGAUUAUCAAAGAGCAAACUUAUCAAUGCGAUCUUCCAGGUAAAAUACCUAUCAACGUUGUUAAAACUGCUCAAUUUAUUUCAAUCAUUGGCAACAAAUUUUCUUAUGAAACUCAAUUUAACGAAUUUCCAUUAGAAGACUGCCAUUAUUAUGCUGAAUUUUUCGAUAUUACACGUCCGUUUCCAUCCCAGAUAAACUAUUUAGAACCAGAUCCAGAAUUUUGUUGGAAUAUGAGAUGGAGAGAGCCAUUUGUUCGUGCAGGGGUUCCAGAAGCAUGUAUUAUAUUAAUACAAGGCUAUGUAUCUACUCAAAUCUUAUCAGGACAUUCAAUUUCAUUUUUAAUUAAAAGAUCCGCUUUAAAUCCAGGUGUAAGGUAUUUUGCACGCGGACUCAACGAAGUACAUGAACCAGGCAACGAAUGCGAGUGCGAGUUCAUUUUUGGCUCACCAACAGGCGAUAUUUGGACUCAAAUUUACAGAAGAGGCUCAGUUCCAAUAAAAUGGGAGACAGUUGUUAAAAACAAGAUGACUGUCCAUCAUAUAGUUACUGAUCAAUCUUCUGAAGGUUCCAAAUGCUAUUUCAGGAAAUUAAAAGAAAGAUAUUGCGGAAUUCAAACUUUUUGCAUCAGUUUAUUAAGAAGUAACCCAGAAAGUGGCGAAUACGAACUCCAUGAAGCAUUUUCAAAGGUAGUUAAGAAGCUAAACAACGAAAAUUCCGCAAGAUUUAUUUCAUUUGACUUAAACUAUUUUUUGGACAAUGGAGGACACACAAGAGCCAUUGCAGAGUUAUGUAAAUUACUUGGACCACUUGCACAAGCAUCAGAUUUCACUCAUUACCCAAAUGCUUUAGAUUCUUCAGGAAAUUUGAACAAAAACAUCGAACCCGAUACCAGGCAAGUGAUUACAUUGAGAUUUAACUGUGCAGAUUCAUUAGAUAGAACCAAUGUCGCUGCUUUCAUCUAUUCCUGUGCGAUAACAACAUUUUUGAUGCAAAAACAAAAUUUAAUUCAAAAUUUAGACACUUUUUCUUUUGAAUCCCUUCAAAAAAUCAAACCAGAAGUCAUUGAAUAUCUCGCCGAAGCGUAUGUUAAAUCGGGAGAUGUUGUUAGUUUAUUGUACACUAACACAGUUGCAGCGAAAACAUCGAUUAUUCGCCAAUAUUCUCCAUUUUUGGAUGAAGCAUCGAGUGACGCAACAAUUUCAGUUAAAAGAAGAUUUAAUAAUAUGGUGAGUGAUCCACAAAGGGAAGUUUUGUUCGAAAAAUGGACGAAUUACGAUAAAAACGAAAUUGGCGACAAAUUUGUUUUAGAUCAUACGAAAAUACAAAUUUUGUCGAGAGGUUUUCCAAUUGAUGUACUUAUUUUAAAUGAAAAUGAUAUUGUUGAUACAACAAUGAACUCUUUUAGUAUCAUUUUACCUUAUUCCACUAAAUUAACAGCGAUUUAUUAUUACGCGACUGUUAAUUCCGAAAAAAAUCAUCCGAGAAACUUGUUUAUUCAAGGCCAAGACAAGAGUCAGAUGAAAACAGUUAAGUUGCCAAUGACUAAUGAAAACACAGUAAUAAGAAUACCUAUUGACGAAAUCGAUGAUAGAAAUUUGGAUUUCAUUUUUCAUCCUCAAAUUCAAAAAAUUUCUGUUGGAAAAAUUUUGUUUGAAGUGAAAAAAGUUCAAGAUUUUUAUCAGUACCAAGUUGAUUUUUCUCAACAAAACAAAGAGAACUUUAACUUGUACAAGGAUUUCAUUGUAACAACAAUGCAAGAAAUUGCAUUUCCUACAAGACAAUUCCAAGAUAUUGAAUUGCAAAGAUUGAAAAUGAAUUUGUCAAGGGAAUUCGAUAUGAAUAUUAAAUUGUCUAUACCUUUGGAUCCUUACAAAUUGUCACAAUAUAAUUCUUCAACUUGUUAUUUAUGCGGAAACAAAAAUGCGUCAAAUAUUUUUUGUUUUUCUGAAUUAAUUAAAAAUAGAAUUACAAAAGUGACAAAUCAAAAAAGUGACAACUUAAUUCAUAUUUGUGAUGAAUGUUUAGAGAUGGCGAACAUGCUAUGUAUACAGACAGAAAUGAUGGAAUCAACGAGAUUCACGAAAAUCCACUUGAAAGAAUCUAAAAAGAGAAAAAUUACUUUUUCGAUGCCGAUUGUUGUUACAGAAAAUCCCGAAUCUUUCAUUAUUGGAGCACCUCAAGAGUUGUUAGAGAAUACUUGCGCAAAAGAAGUGUCUAAAGAGUUCAGAUUCACUGUUGUUUUGUCUCAUUAUUGUGAAUUGGAACAUUUUGAGUUUUAUGUUUCGAAAUUCAGCCAAAACAUGUCAAUAACAAUAAUUGUUGAUGAAAAAUUGAUUCCUUUGGUGAUAUAUGAAAAGGAUCCUGGUGUUAUAUGGGCAGGAAUACAAAAGGUUGUUGUUACAGAUAUCUGUGACAUAAUUUUCAGAACAAAUGAAAAAUUUGUUUUGUCUGGAUUCCAAAUUCACGGAAUUCCAACAAAUAAAAUGGAGUUGAAGACUUCAAGUAAUGAAGUUGUUGAAGAGAAGGUAAUGAAGAAGUCGAGUUCUUUGAAUUUUAAUGUUAAUAUUUACUCGAAAUUGGAAAAUUCUGAUAAAUUCACAAAUCCAGAAAAAAUUAUGUUGAAUUCGAAGAAAUUUGGAGUUUUGGUGAGUGUCAACAGAAAAUCGAAUAGGAAUAACCUUGUAUUCGGAUUCUACAAGGAAGAUGACUCAGAAAUCACUUUCUGUGAACUUUUCACUGGAGAAAUGCUUGAAGAAAGAAAAUUGGUCUAUUUAGUUGAUGCUCCAGAAGGAACGAAAUACGCAAGAGCUUUUUGCAGCGAAAAUGUUUCGAUCGAAUCAAUUUGUUUUAUAUAG